AUGAGCUUAGAGAAGUUCUCUGCUAUUAGCGCCAAUCUUUUCUUCCCAACCUAAAGGCGACAAUUGCUGGCUGGUUGAGAAGUCCACAAGAAAAGAGGUCAAUCAAUAGUUAACUCGUGCUCCAGAGGUGAAUUCUGUAUACUGUAUCUCUGCAUUUGAAACCAUGAACACUCAUCAAUGUGAAGCUGAUCAAUGGUGCUCAACCAUCUGAUCUACAGCUGGAAUUGGACGGGGUGGAAGAAAUAGAGAAAUAUUGGCUAGCAUAAGGUGGGUAAGGUACUCGUGCCUCAUGGUGUAUCCUCCAUUAUUACCAAUCUUUGAUUAUAUAUUCUUUAUUCAUUCAAGAAGGCUGCUUUGAUUAUACACGAGCUUGAUCAGAUGGGUAUUGGGUAAAAAUGGCCACAGGGAAUGGUGUCGUUGCUACUUUAGGGUCGGGGGUCCCCUCAGUUUUUUUGCCCUAAGAGCAGAUAUGGAUGCUUUGCCAAUCCAGGUGCUACUUUACCAUGAUCUGUUGGGAAUGAUGCAACUACCUCACCACGCCAAGAUCAUCCAAAAGCUUUGUAGGCAACAUGGGCGCAUGGGCGAGGUCAUCAAUAAGGCUUCUUCGGAACACAUGGAAGAAGUUGUUUCCCACUGCUGUUUACACACCAUAUAGAAUAAUCCCAGUUAGGUUAGCUGCACUAACAUCAGUUCAUACUCUUCUUCUCAUUGUACCUGAUCUCAAAUUGUCAUGGUUGGAGCAUUUCAGUCGGUAUUAUCAUUCAGACUACAAACCUAGUGAAAUCUCCUCAUCAAAAAGAGAUUAUUCUAUAGAUCAGAAUGUUGCUCGAUCAAAUUUUCUCAUCUCCAAGCUCAGCAGAGAAGGGAAGAUUGCUGAGGCUCGUCAAAUCUUUGACCGAAUGCCUAUUCAGGAUGUUGUUACAUGGACAGCUAUGAUCUCUGGGUACAUCAAAUGUGGAAUGGUUGAAGAAGCACGGCUGCUCUUUGACGAAACAGAAGCAAAGAAGAACGUAGUCACAUGGACGGCGAUGUUGUCUGGCUAUAUCCAAUCGAACCAGAUUUUAAGAGCAGAAAAGCUUUUUAGGCAGAUGCCUCACAAGAAUGUCAUCUCUUGGAACACUAUGAUUUCUGGGUAUGCACAGAAUGGUCGAAUUGAUUCUGCUUUUGAGCUAUUUCAGAAAAUGCCCGACAGAAAUGUUGUUUCUUGGAACACAAUUAUUACAGCCAUGGCUCAACAUGGAAGAAUUGAUGAAGCAUGGCAACUUUUUGAUAGGAUGCAAGAAAGAGAUGUUAUAUCUUGGACAGCAAUGGUUGCAGGUUUAUCACAGAAUGGGAGGAUUGAUGAAGCACGGGAUCUAUUUGAUAAGAUGCCUGAGCGAAAUGUUAUUUCUUGGAAUGCCAUGAUCACUGGUUAUGCGCAAAAUUUGAGACUGGAUGAAGCUCUUGACUUGUUUGAGAGAAUGUCUGAGAGGGACAUUCCAUCAUGGAAUACGAUGAUUACAGGCUUUAUUCAGAAUGGAGAUCUAAGGCGAGCCAGGAAAUUGUUCAACGAGAUGCAACGAAGAAAUGUUGUCUCUUGGACGACGAUGAUCACUGGAUAUGUUCAAGAUGGACAGAGCGAGGAAGCUUUAAAGGUUUUCUCAGCAAUGCAGGCUGAUGGAAUCAAGCCUAAUCAAGGAACCUUCGUAAGCAUAUUAGGUGCUUGUAGCAAUUUAGCAGGGCUUGGUGAGGGAAGACAAAUCCAUCAGAUAAUAAGCAAAACAGUUUUCCAGAAUAGUACACUUGUAGAGUCAGCCCUCAUAAGUACUUACGCUAAAUGUGGGGAGAUGAACAUUGCAAGAGAUAUGUUUGAUAGAUCAAGUCAAAGGGAUGUUGUGUCUUGGAAUGGAAUAAUUGCAGCCUAUGCACACCAUGGCUAUGGUAGAGAAGCUAUCCAGUUGUUUAAAGAAAUGCAGAAAUAUGGGUUCAAACCUGAUGAUGUUACCUAUGUUGGGGUGCUCUCUGCAUGCAGCCACUCUGGUUUGGUGGAUGAGGGUCUGAAGUAUUUUGAGGAAUUGAUGAAAGACAGAUCCAUUGAUGUAAGAGAAGACCAUUACGCUUGCGUGGUUGAUCUUUGUGGGCGAGCUGGAAGACUGAAGGAGGCGUUCGAUUUCAUAGAGCAUUUGGGGACUAAACCAUCAGCUAAUGUGUGGGGAGCUCUUCUUGCAGGGUGUAAUGUUCACAGGAAUGUAAAGAUAGGGAAAUUAGCUGCGAGGAGGCUUCUAGAGGUGGAGCCAGAUAAUGCAGGGACAUACAUGUUGUUAUCAAACAUAUAUGCUUCAGCAGGGAGAUGGAAAGAGGCUUCUCGAGUGAGGUUGAAGAUGAAGGAUAAAGGGUUGAAGAAACAGCCUGGUUGUAGCUGGAUUGAAGUGGGGAACAGAGUCCAUGUGUUCGUGGUUGGUGAUAAAUCUCAUAGUCAGUCUAAACUGAUCUAUUCCAUUCUCCAUGAUCUUCAUAUGAAGCUGAAGAAGGCUGGAUAUGUUCUUAAUAAGGGUUCGACUCUAGAUGAGAAUUUUUUGCAAUAACAUAGCUUGAAUGUAGAAGACUUAAGGAACAUAGCAUUGUUAAGGUCAUUGUAGUUGGCUUGAUUGGGGAGGUGGAGGUUGCUGUUUUACUGGCUCUAGUAGAUGAGUUAUGGGCCAUUUAUAUGGUUAGCUGCUAUGCAUCAUUUCUGGUGUAUGCAUAAUACCUUCAUAGCAAUCACUAUUAAAUAUACUGAUCCUUGUUAACCUUCUUUGCCAUUUUAUUCAUUGUAUCAUUCAAAAAAUUCAGGUAUAAUGUAUGUACUUUAUUGGAAAGG